AUGCCACAUCCUGGUGUUAAAAGAUACAAAGUCAAAUGCAAAGUCAAGAACUGUUCACAUUCAAUUUUUGAUAAUGACUGUCGGAUGACACAUAAUCAAAUUUAUCAUUUGGAUUAUAUCCGAAACCAUAAAGGGAUAUCUUAUGAGAAGUAUGGCACACCACGAAACCCUUUUGAAACCAAUUCGGCAAUAAAUUCCCAAUCGUGCAGCAAAAUAAGUUUGUCUAAAAUUAAUUUCAAUGCCCAAAAACUUUGCCCAAGCAACAUUACAAAUGAAGUGGAAAUGAAUAUCAAUGAAAAUCUGACAAAAAUCUCUGAAGCAAUUGAAAAUGAAUCAUCUGAAAUUAAAUGUGAGAUAAUAAAUGAGAGUAAAAACAUUGAUAUUACUAAUGAUGAAAUACUAGCAGUGCCUGAAAUUUUGGAUUUCUGUGAUCAAACUCUGUUAGUAGAAUCCCAACCGAGUGAUGUUAAUUUAUUGGAAAAAGAAACUACGUUUUCAGAUUCGGUGGGUAAAUUUGCAAAGCUGUGUAAACUUUUAAGUGAGUGCGAAUUAAAACUAGAUGAAGUGAAAAAUACAGACAAUUUACAUUUGGAAAAACUUCUCAUUGAAAUGACAGAGCUUGCUUCUGAGCUCGGACCACAUCAAGUAAAACUUAAUAACUUUCCUAUCAAUAAAGAUAUUGACAAAAGGAAGCAAAAUCGUUUUUCAUCAUUGUGGUACAAAGAAUACCCUCACUUACAGUACAGUAUACUUAAAGAUAGCGCAUUCUGCUAUGUAUGCUGUCUCUUUCCAAAUGGACCAGGUAGAGAGAAUAGUGAAGUUGCUUGGGUUGAAAACGGUAUCCGCACGUGGCAUAAAAUGAAGAGUCGAGGAAAGAAAGGUAAAAGAGGAAAACUAUCAGAACAUUUUUCAUCAAAAUCUCAUAAAGCUUCAUUAUUAGAAUAUUGCAAUUAUUGUAAUAGUGCUCAACAUAUUAAUCUCCUCUUGGACAAGAAACAAAGACAAAUUGUUAUUAGUGAAAAAGAAGAAAUGGAGUCUAAUAAGUGUGUUAUAAAAGUUUUUAUUGAUUUGGCUCGAACAUUGGGUAGGCAAGGAAUUGCGUUUCGUGAAGAUGAUCGGGAUGAAAAUGGAAAUUUUAGACAGUUGGUAUAUUUUAUGUCGAGACAUAAUUUGGUACUUAAACGAUGGUUGAGCAACAUAAAACUUAAAAAAUAUCAUGUGACAUAUAUGAGUGCUAAAUCCCAAAACGACUUCAUUCAUUUGCUUGGACAAGAUGUUCAAAGCAAAAUUGUUUCUGAAGUUAACCAAGCAUCAAUGUUUUCAAUUAUGGCAGAUACAACUCCUGAUGUGUCACACAGUGAUAAGUUAGCAAUUGCUGUAAGGUAUGUGGAUAAUAACUGUAAUAUUAAAGAAAGAAUUGUGCAGAUAUGCGAGGUAGCUGACAAAACGGGUGAUGGAAUUGCAGAUUUAAUAAUAUCGACAAUCAAUAACCUUCAACUUGAUGUCAAUAGUGUUGUGUUUCAAGGAUACGAUUACGCCAGCUCUAUGUCCAGCAACAUUAAAGGAGUUCAUGCAAAAAUUUCAGAAAAGUUAAAACGAGUUGUACCUUAUAUUCCAUGUCAAGCUCAUCGAACUAAUACUUUUGUUGAACAUGCGGUUAAAAGAAAUAAAAUGGCUUCAAAUGUCUUUGAAGUUCUUGAAAUGUGCUACGUAUUUAUUUCUUCAAGUACUAAACAAUUCAGCUUACUUAAUUCUAAACUUGAGUUUAUUGAAAAUUCGUUGAAUCUUCGCUAUCUUUCAAAAACUAGAUGGUCAGCGCGUUCAGAAUCCACUCAAGCAUUUUGGAUAAGUAUGGAAUCUAUUGUUGAAUGUUUUUAUGAAAUAAGUCAGUCCGAUUUGUUUGAUAAGAAAACAAAGGAUCAAGCUUUAGCAAUACUUAAAAAAAUCGUGAAUCCAGACUUUAUCAUUAUGCUUAUCAAAGGAGUCAUUGCAAAAACAAAGAUUCUUACUGAUGAGUUGCAGAAAGUUGAGUUGAACAUUUUAGAUGCUAAAAUGAUUGUAUUGUCUACAAUACAAUCUCUUGAACGAAAUAGAAAAGAAGAAUUUGAAGUACAUCGUGAAAUUGAUGCAGCAAUUAAAAUAUGUAGCAAGUAUGAAAUCGACGCGUUAAAAAUAUACGAAGAUCGUCAUAGACGAAGAGCAACUCCAAAACGCUAUGAUGACAAUCCUGAUACGCUAUGUUCUAGAAAUAUCUAUCAAUACUACACCCAACAACUUAAUUGCGUGUUAGACUGUCUUAUUUACGAAAUGAAUGAAAAUUUACUGGCUUCAUGGUUGAGCAUUGAACCAUUUUCUCUUCUUCAGCAGUCAACAAAAACCUUUACAAUAAAAGAUGUCGAAAAACUGUGCCUAUUAAUGCCAAAUAAUGGAGUAAAUACAGAUGCUCAUUUAUUUCAUGCAGAGUUAGAAAUUUUUAUGAACACAUUUACUAAAUCUGAUGCUCUAACAAACAAUGAAAAAUUAAAACUGUCGUGGCAAAGACAAAACAUAUUCCCAGGAGUUUUCAAAGCUUUCAAGCUAAUGGCUUCAGCACCAGUGUCCGUUGCAAGCGAUGAAAGAACAUUUAGCAAAUUAAAAAUUGUUAUAAAUAUUUUGCGUUCUACUAUGUCAGAUGCAAGAUUGGAGUCAUUAAUUUUGUUGGCGUCAGAAAAAGAUUUAGUGGACAAUAUAGAUCUUGACGUUAUGGUAAAAAAAAGGUCUAUAACAACACAAAGACGUAUUCAAGUUGAGUAA